GAAUAAGAAAGGCCGGACGCAGCAGCAGUAGCAUGGGCAACUCGCCGAGCGUGCUCGAGAGCAUUACGAGCUUCAGCGACAUCAACGACGUGCAGAAGGCGCUGCUCGAGACGCCCGACAGUGCGGCCAUCGACGUCGUCCAGGCCUUUCACGCCUGCGCGUACCUCGCGACGACGUGCCAACGCCUCCAGUGCAUCCUCGAGCUCUUCCUCAAGCACGGCGUCGACGUCAACGCGAUGGACCCGCAGCGCAACAACUGGACGAUCUUGCACCACAUGUUUGUCGCGCAAAAGACGUUUGUGCUGCCGUACUUGUUGGCGCGAGGCGCGCGGCCAAUGCGGGACGUCAACGGGCUCGCGCCGCACGACUACCUUCACAAGUCCAAGCACGACCACUACGUACGCGCCUAUCUUGAGACAACGUCGUCCAGCUUAAGCGAGCAUCCGUCGUCCGACCCGGCGUUCACCGAGCCGUGCGUUGUGCAGAUAGUGCACGAUUGGAAGCGGGAUACGCACGAGCUCGGCGAGCUCCUCCACGUCAAGUGCAAGGGUGCGCCAGGCUACGUGCAGCUGAUUUACCAUGAGAACGACUCGCCCGAAGGCCUCCAGGAAGAGGCCGUCUUUGACCAGUUCAUCCAAGUCGAGAAGGAAAAGACCAUCUCGUUCAGCACCGCGCACCUCCCAGCGCAAGCCGUCGUCCAUGUCCUGUACGUCGCUUGCGACAAGCACAUGAUGCACCGGCAAGUGCAAGCAUCAGACGGGCCGCUGAGCAUCCAAGCCAACGUCGAAAAGUAUGUCUUCACCGUGAACGGCGAGGCCUUCCACCACGCCAACCCGGUCCUGGACGGCAUAGUGUUCCCCACCAUGCGCGAGUUCCAGCAGUUUAUGAAAAUGAUGAAGUCGGACAAGCUCGACGCAGUUCGAUACGAAGACGAAGCAGUGUCCAACCAAGAGGACACGUCUGACGCGAGUCCAUCGGACAACGAGACAUCGACAACGCCCAACCAAGAUGACGAGAAGCCCAGCGCUUGUCGCCAUGCCGAGCUUCCCACAGACCAAGCGUCCUCGAACCAGCUCACAGACGAAGCGUCCUCCAACCAGCUCGAGUGCGACGUUUAGGCAAAACAAGGAAUAGGGUUUUAUAGUCGUACAUGUAGUAAGUUUUACCCACCCGAAAUAUCUGAAAUUUUAACGAUUUGACGUUUUGCAAGAAAAAGUUUGCCGG